UGUCAAAUAGCGAGUAAUCUUUUAUUUUUAUUCACGUUUGCAAAUAUAGAAGAAAAAUAUUCGUCAUUUUCUAGCAAUAGCCAAAACAAACAAUAGCCGUAGAAUUGAGUCAAACAUCUGAAUUCCGCCCAGAAAUCAUCCUCCAUGUGAACAUCGUCGGCAACUCGGGAUAGCAGUUUAUCCACGGAAAGCGGAACAACGCGUACAAUGGCAAGCAGCAGCAGCAGCAACAACGCAAUGUAUCUGCGCCAGCAGUUUUCCGCUCUGCUGGGGAACACCUCGUCAUCGAUCAAGUUCAUCUGCAUAUCAACGCUGGUCGGGUACGUACUGUCCUUCUCGGACCAGGCCGUGAACCUCUUGAGCGUGACACCCGGUUACCUGAUGCCACCAACCUUUUGGGUGUGGACAAUAUUUACCUUUUUCUUCAUCGAACUGCACUUCUGGGAAGUGCUGGUGGAUUUGAUAACGGUGGGUCUUUGCGGAAAACUGAUAGAACCGUCCUGGGGGCAGAUGGAGAUGCUGCAGUUCUUUGCCAUCACCAACACCGGUGUGGCCAUUCUGACCAGCUUCUACUACCUGUUCUAUUCGAUGAUUACCAAAGAUGCGGAACUCUUGUUUGAUGUUCAUAUUCACGGACUAGCGGGAAUGAAUGCGGCUGUAAGCGUAGCUGUUACACAAAUCAUGCCAGAUCAUCUUAUCGCCCGAACACCUCUCGGGAAGUUUACUAACAGAAAUGUCCCUAUUACGGUAGUCCUGCUUUCGAUAACAAUGUGGGCAUUCGGUCUGCUGGACGGAACGUACCCAGCAAUGUUUGCGUCGGGACUGUACGUUUCGUGGGUCUACUUACGAUUUUAUCAACGACAUUCGAACGGUACUCGGGGAGACAGUGCAGAGAAUUUCCGUUUCGCUAGUUUUUUCCCUAACGUGCUACAACCCUUCAUCAAUUUGGUAGCAAACCCAGUCUAUCAGGGAUGCCUGCGGAUUGGUAUUGUAAAGCGCCUUACACCCCAGCAGAGCAAUUCGUCCUCACUGCAGUCGGUUAGUGUGCACUCGUUGGUUGGAGUAGAUCCUCACGAUAUGGAGCGAAGGAGGCAAAUUGCACUAAAAGCUUUAAGCGAACGGCUGUCCAAAACUACAGAUUCUAGUCGCCAGAAUACGCUACCUAAAUCAUUCCCGCAACCAGCCGCUGUAGGCGUCGCGGUAGGUUUUUCUGGAAAGCAUCACCACCACGCACAUCACCAUGGACAUCAUCACCACGGCGGAGGUCAUCUGCCUUUCCCGAUGACAAUGGACCGACCGGCGAUUCCUCUGCCGCCACCGCCAUCGAAAUCCGCACUGAAAGCAACCGAUUCCGCAGCGAAAACCGACGACCGUUCAAAUAGCACAAGCAACGUCGAUUUAAUUAACUUGGACCCAAGUGCAGUGCAGUCAACGGGUACAACGGCGACGACAAACAAUUAAACCUAGCAGCAACUUGAGGGUUGUCGAAAAUUUGUUACACGUUUCAUUCGAUCAUCCACUAACGAUCGCAUUCCGAAGUGAAACAAGCAGGGCGGGGUCACUGUUUUGAAUGCAAAAAAUAAGAAGAAGAUGCUUUAAAUAACUACCUAGGGUUCGCGCUCUACCUUUCUGUUUAGUUUUUUUCCUGUAGGUUUUAAUUGUGAUGAUAAGCUGCUAAACUGAGAAAUGAUAUUGCAUAGUAAGGUAGGUCGCCUAGAAGUGCAUUAUCGUAUGAAGAUCUAAUAAAUCCCAUUAUUGGAAAAUCGCUGGUUCGUCUA